UCGAGUUUCAAGACGCCUUGUUGUUGGCCGCGCAGCCCGGCCGCCGCCGCUCUCCUUCCCUCCCAAUCAUGGCGUCUCCGAGUUCCUUCGCCCCCUGGAGUCCCCCCGCGUCCUCCCCUGCGGGGUCCGAGCCGCUGUACAGCCUGAGGCCCGAGCACGCGCGGGAGCGAUUGCGACACGACGUGGAAACAGUCACGUCCCGAGAACAGGCAAAAGUUGAAGACAAGAUCCAGGAGGUCUUCAGUUCUUACAAAUUCAACCACCUUGUCCCCAGGCUUAUUUUGCAGAGGGAAAAACACUUCCAUUAUCUGAAAAGAGGCCUUCGACAGCUGACAGAUGCCUAUGAGUGCCUGGAUGCCAGCCGCCCAUGGCUCUGCUACUGGAUCCUGCACAGCCUAGAGCUGUUGGACGAGCCCAUCCCCCAGACGGUAGCAGCAGAUGUGUGCCACUUCCUGGAGCUCUGUCAAAGCCCAGAAGGUGGCUUCGGAGGGGGCCCUGGCCAGUACCCACAUCUUGCCCCCACAUAUGCUGCGGUCAAUGCGCUGUGUAUCAUUGGCACGGAGGAGGCCUAUGACAUCAUCAACAGAGAGAAGCUUCUUCAGUACUUGUACUCCCUGAAGCAACCUGACGGCUCUUUCCUCAUGCAUGUUGGGGGUGAAGUGGAUGUGAGGAGUGCAUAUUGUGCUGCCUCUGUAGCUUCUCUGACCAACAUCAUCACCCCAGACCUCUUUGAGGGCACUGCUGAGUGGAUCGCGAGGUGUCAAAACUGGGAAGGCGGAAUCGGCGGGGUGCCUGGGAUGGAAGCCCAUGGUGGCUAUACUUUCUGUGGCCUGGCUGCAUUGGUCAUUCUCAAGAAGGAAUGCUCCUUGAACUUGAAGAGCUUGUUACAAUGGGUGACAAGCCGGCAGAUGCGGUUUGAAGGUGGAUUUCAGGGUCGCUGCAACAAGCUGGUGGACGGCUGCUACUCCUUCUGGCAGGCUGGGCUUCUGCCUCUGCUCCACCGGGCCCUGCAUGCUCAAGGGGACCCGGCCCUCAGCAGGACCCAUUGGAUGUUUCAUCAGCAGGCCCUGCAGGAGUACAUUCUCAUGUGCUGCCAGUGCCCAGCUGGGGGGCUUCUGGACAAACCUGGCAAGUCUCGGGACUUCUACCACACCUGCUACUGCCUGAGUGGCCUGUCCAUUGCACAGCACUUCGGCAGUGGGGCGAUGCUGCACGACGUGAUCCUGGGCGUGCCAGAGAACAUUCUGCAGCCCACACACCCUGUGUAUAAUAUUGGACCAGAGAAAGUGAUCCAGGCCACUAUGCACUUUCUACAGAAGCCCGUCCCAGGCUUUAAGGAACACGAAGAUGAGGCAACAGCAGAGCCCACCUCCAACUAGAGGACCCAGGGUCCUACAGCUCUGUGCUCCCCGCCUUCUCCCAGACCAGGGUUUUUAGGUGUGCAUUUUGUGCUACACGAGUCUUGGCCCGUCUGAGGGGGGUGUGUGGCUUUUUGUCCUUCCCUGUCAAACAAAAACAUAACGGAUGGCUCUGGAUUUGGAAAACACAAUGGAGUGAUUGUUAACAAAAUUUUUUCCCAUAUUUGUCAAUCAAACCAAAAAUCUUUCAGCCAGCAACAGCCAGGCCAGGGGCUGAGGAGGAGCAGUGCAUGCUGGGAGGAGCAGCUCAUCCCCCUGCAGCUCCCCAACUUGGCUGAAGUGAAUGACGUCAUGAGCACCACAGCUUCCUGAGCCAACCGUGGCCAUAAUGCCCAUUUGCACACCACCAUUAAGUCAUCGGGAAUGAGCCCCUUCUCUUCGGUGGAAUUACCUCAGCUCCAUACUGAGAUGGCUCGUUGGGUCCCACCAUAAUGAAUUUCUUAGAAAACUCCUUGCUCUGGGGCUUCUCCCAGAGGUGCCUGAGGUUCUCACCUCCUCUCGAGUCAUUGGCAAGAGAAAGGAACCAGGGGCAUAGGGAGAUGCUGUCAUGGAGCACUGAGCCACCACAGUAGGGUGGAGCAGGGCCUGGCAGGAUGGGCCUCGGCCUAGGGCUGUGAUGAGACAUGGAAGAUCAAUUAUGACUGGAAAAACGAACCUCUUGUUCAAUUCUGUGUCAGAAGAAGCUGCCCCAGGUCCCACCCCCUUACUCCACCCCAUCAUGUACCAUGUUGUACCUUCUGUCACCCCCAAGCCUGUGGCUGUGACAUUCUGCAUUGUCCCAUCUUCCACCAGACUCCCCACCCAGCCUCCCUCCCUCGAGACAGUGUUGUCUUCUCUUGCCCAGAGUGUUAACACGACUAAGUCUUUCACCUUAAUCUCUGACUCAGGAUUUAUUCAUGUCUCGCCUGCUCCAGGCUCUCAGAAAUAAACCCAUGCUCGGCCAGCAUUCUGUGGCGAGACAGUGGGUUGAUCGGUGUAGAUGUGACGGAACUGAUGCGCCAUUGGGUGUUUCAGCCUCUGCUGCACACAUGAAACCUUUCUGGACAAUGGGCUGUCCAGAUGGGUCAUCUGCCCGCUGCUGCCACGCAGCCAGCUCCACGCGGCUGGUGGGCAUUUCUGUGAGCAGCUGUAGGCUGCGGGCAGACGGGAGCUUGGAGAUCCAGCAGGAGGCUCUUCUCAAAAACUGGCCGUGUGCUGCCUCUAAUUCCCUCUUGCUUUGGUGUAUCGGGCUAUGUAUUACCUCCUUGAAAUAAUAAAAGAAUAACAUUUUCUAUGA